AUGAGUCGACCUAACUAUAAUACCACGGUCUCACAGAAAACUGGCGUGAAACAACCACAGCAGUUACUGGAAUCACUGGACUUUUUGAGUCCGCCAGUGAAACGGCUUCAUACUAGCAGAGAGUUUGGUAGUGUGUAUAACACUGAAGCAAACGACGUGCAUUUGUUGCGAGGGCUUCGCAACAAGUUUGCUCAGCGGGCAUCCAGCUCGACGAAGAAUAUUAAACCUAUUAAAAAAAGCUCUGACUCCUCUACUUCACUGAUACUGAAGAAAACAUCCGAAAGACAGAUUUUGGAACAGUACUCAAUCGUUAGUUACACAAGCCUACAGCAACCGGAAAAUGAUACACCUUCCGUAUUAAAAACGGAAAGAAGUCCGAACCCGGUUGAAAAACCUUUAAUAAAAGUUACAGUCAUACCUAAAACGGACCAGAUUCAAACAGCGAAAUUACUUCGGAGACGGAGAUACGUGCCAAAAAGAGUUCAGAGCACCACAUCGAACCACGAGAACUCGAUCCAGACCAAGAACGUGUACUUAAUAGUAGCAGGUCGAAGAAGAGAGAAAAUAUACGAGAUCAAGACGACGGGCAGUGCAAAGCUGUCAACGGACCACGAUAGUUACAUAAAAGAUGAUGAGAUCCCCAUAAAAGAACUAUCUAAUUUCAAACAUCUAAUCCAGUCCUUGAAUAUGGAUCGAAAGAAGAAGAAAGAGAAGAAAGAAAAGAAAGCACUGAUGGACAAGAUUGAGGCUCCUCCACAAGCUUCCGUCGAGUGGAGGUACCCGAGCUGCCAAGACUGUUUAUGUGGCGACGAAUCAAACGAAUCACCGAAAAAAAGUCGAGUCAAGAUUUUUGGGCAGUUCGGCAUAUCUGAAGAUGACAAAUACGUGCUCAGAUACGGAGCUACUAUUAACGACAAACAAGUUUUAUCUGAUGUCGCUCAGUUGACGCGGGACUUCUCACCAAUUCUUGCAACAACUUCAUAUGGAACUACCGAUGGACAAUCCGCGAUGCAAAAAGACUCGUGCAUACAAGCUGACUAUGACGCGAGUUAUGAAAACCCUCCCAUCACAGAAGAAGUACCCAGGAAUCAGGAUACUUAUACUCUACCUAACGCAUCUCAGGUUUAUGAAGAUAAGGGAUACACAAGAAUGACUACAAACAGAUUAAAUGAAACGGGAACUAAUACAGAGCACUUUCGAAAGAAAAGAACACUAAUAGAGGCGUAUACCAAGCAAUUGACUGAUCAAAUGAGCCAGAAGGAUUCCAUUCCCGCCAGGUAUAAUUCUACAGUUACAAUAAAUAUAGACGGUGAUGGAGAAUACUACGAUGUCUUGUUCAAUCAAGAUAAGCGGUCGACCGACUUGACAAUCCGAAAGACAUUCAAAGACAUGGGUUCACAAAAAUAUGAUGACCAAGAUCAGGAAUGUUCGGCUUCGUUAGAGAAUUUUAUGUAUGUGCCCGAGAUUAUUGUCGAAAAGGAAUCGAGCAAACCACAAGAUGAUUCACAUUCGAAGUCAUCGAUUUAUAAUAAUCCUUCAGACGAUGACUUUUCGUUAGACAAUCACGUUUCAAGACUUACCAUACGAGAUAGUCUUGAGAUUUCUCACAGGCGCGGAGGUAAACAUAUGCACAAUAGCAAUAACUUGAAGAACACGCAAACUUGUUUCACGGCUCAAAUUGCUACGACGGUUCCCAAUGCAACGGAGUUUUUAGCUCCAAUCAAGCAUUUUAUUGGCGACGACUGUUCUAUUACUGACCCUGUGGAGAGAGAUAAACAGAUCAGACAACUUCUUGGUGUGGAUAAAUUAAAACAAAGUUUCACAGCACCCCAACAGCAAUAUGAUAAAGUUAAGAAAACUAUUCAAAAGACAAUCUGUAUUAAGAAGAGCAGUCACGAGAAACGAAGAUGUAUACCAGUGAAACGCGACAAAAACGAGUCUUAUCUUGAAACACAUGCGUCAAGUGAGAUUAUGUCCCUAAAAGCAAAAUCCAAACAUAGCAAACGCUCAUCUUGCAAGCGUAAUAAACCGUACACCAAACGCGCUGAGUGCACGGUGUACGGCAAACGCCAAAGACACGAAAGUCCCGUGUUAUAUCGCAGAUACGAGGAUCCCGUCUUGUCUAGUAAAUACGACAGACCGGAAGUUGAUGACAGAUGCGAGAGACCUAUGCUGUACGGCAAAUAUGAGAAAUUUGGGGAUUUUGAAAUGUUUGACGAACCUGAUGAACUUCAGUUGCCUCGUAAACUUGAUAAACCAGUCGCGUCCGGCAAACGCGAUAAAUGUGAUAAACGUGAAAAAUCUAGCAAACAUGAAAAAUGUGGGAAACGGUCGAAGUGUGAUAAACACGAGAAACGUGAGGCGUCUCGUAAACGAUCGAAAUGUGCGACAUCUGAAAAACGCAAAAACCUUGUGGAAGCUGAUUCACAUGAGAAAUGCCAAGACCCUCCGGUACAUCGUAAGCGCGAUAAAUCGUCGUCUGGAAAACGCCAUAGAUCUCCGUCACCUGGAAAACGCCAUAGAUCUCCGUCACCUGGAAAACGCCAUAGAUCUCCGUCACCUGGAAAACGCCAUAGAUCUCCGUCGCCUGGGAAACGCGAAGGAAAGAAAUGUAGAUCAUCUACAAAACGUGUUAAAUCUGGAACAUCUGUUAAACGUGACAAAUCUAAAACAUCUUCUAAAUGUAAAAAAUCGGGGACAUCAUCUAAAUGUAAGAAAUCGGGAUCGACUAGCAGACUAGAGAAAUCUGAGUCAUGUCAUAAACACGAUAAACCUAAAAAGAUUGUCGAACGUGUAAAAUGCCAGAAAAGUGAUGUGUCUAUUGGUGCAGUAAGAACGAAAAGACCGAUAGAAAAAGUAAAAGAGUGCCAUAAGAAAUCGGCAAAACAAGAAAAAUUCGCACAAGUUGAAGCCAAAUGUUCUGAAGUCAGUUGUAAAAAGUAUAGGGAAGAAAGAUUAUGGCCACGUCCUUCGAAAUGUAAAACAGCAAACAAGGAUAAUGAAGAGACAAAAACAGAUUCAUGUGAUAAAAAGAGGAAGCAAAAAAUUAUAGAAAAUGUUGAAGUUUUUAAACUUAAUGAUUAUGAUGAGAAUUCUCUUAAUGGUGCUGGUGAUGAUGAUAGAAGACGCAAUAAAAAACAUGAGCACAAGGGGGUUUGGACUGUUGAACACACUUCUACACCAGUAGUACAACAACGGCAUGCAGAAUGUUUUACAAAUAUUGACGUUGGUACAGGUAGAGACGAGGUGAACAGUAGUACGUCAGAGCAAGUAGACGAUCCCGAUCGUCUAAGUGAGCAAAGAUCACCUAGCGUAUACGAAUACAGUAAUGACCUUCAACAAGAGAGCCUAGCUCAUCGCGCUUGUAUCGAUUCUAUGGAUAUUGAACACCAGGAGACAGAGAUGAAGACUUUUGUUUUAUUCAAUGCUGAAAAUACAGCUAACGCAUAUGAUGAUAAUAAAGAUACAGACUUUGAUAGACGCACUAGAAAAACGGUGUCUUCCGUAGAGGUACGUUAUGCCAGCGUUGCUUAUAUGAAGCAAGUGGCAUAUUCAUCGACAGAUGUUGGAGCUUUGUCCAAUUCAAGUAUGACUCAUGUCAAAUCAUUUCAUACGAUAUUUAGAGGCUGUGGAAAUAAGUUCGUCGAUAUAUGA